CGACAGCCGCGAGCGCAUCCAUUGAGCAGACAUGGGCUUGCCUCCACCGGCUUAAGCAGAAUACUGGUUCUUCAGCUAAUCGAAAGUGACCUCUUUCCCACCGUUGUGACCCAAUGAUGACAAGCUAUUGGUGAAUUAUAGGAAAAAAUAAACGCAAUUUUGUACGUGACAGUGUUAGUAGAAAGUGAACAAAUUAAUAAAGGAUUUCCAGAUUUGUAAGGAUUACCGACAGUAUGUUACGUACGCGGCCCCGUUUGAGGCCCUGGUUGCUCACCGGACUUGUCUUAGCAACACUACAAUCCGUCAAAGGAGAAUGCCCUUGGGAAGGUGCUCCAGCCUUACAAACUGCAUGUGUUUGUGCACUUAAUUUAGCAAGAGAUUUGUCAGUCCAAUGUGAACAGGUUGACUUUUUUGGACUCCUAGCAGCAUUAAAUUCGAGUGCUCGAAGUAUUUCGUUAGACCUCCUGUAUAUAAAUAAUUCAACAAUUCCCAUUCUUAGAAACGACAUGUUCGGACAUCUUAAAAUUCAUAAUCUUCAAAUAUCUGCGUGUAAAAUUAAAAAAAUAGAAGACGAUGCAUUUAAAGGACAAACUAUAUAUUUAAAGAAUUUAAAUCUCCAGGAUAACGAACUGACAGAAGUUCCAGUUAAAGCUUUUAAAACAUUAACUAAUCUGUCUCUGUUAGAUAUAUCUAAAAAUCGUAUAACGCAUAUAGAAAAUUACGCGUUUAAUACACUUCGUAAAUUGACUACACUAAAGAUAUCCGAUAAUAAUAUAACCUUAGAAGCACAUGCUCUUUCCGGAUUGGAAAAUUCAUUAAAAAAUUUAAACCUGAAAGGAACCAAACAAAAAGUUGUACCUGAAUGUAUUAGAGGACUUCGAAAUUUAGCAUUUCUCGAUUUAUCACAGAACAGUAUAAGAGAACUGCCCGGCCCUGAUGGAGUUCGAACUUUUGAAGGUUUAGAUUCACUGACAGCUCUUAAUUUGGAAAGAAAUUUAAUAGUCAAUUUAAAAGAAGACGCUUUUGCAGGAAUAAAAAUCACGUUAACUUCAUUAAGCCUGUUAAACAAUCUAUUGCCUGAGUUUCCAACUGCGGCAAUUGGAACAUUAACUGAUUUAAGAGUUUUAGAUAUUGGGUUCAAUUUAUUAAAUAAACUUCCUCCUGAUGCGUUUCUGAAAAAUCCAUCAAUAACAUUGUUGGCAUUAGAUGGAAAUCCACUAGCAACAGUGCCAGUUGAAUCUUUCACACACCUUAACCAAACACUACGUGGACUUAGCUUGGGCGGCAGGUUUUUGAAUUGUGAUUGUCGUUUACGAUGGAUAAUCGAAUGGAUUCGCAAUGGUGAACUACAAGUUACAUCUCGUGAAAGAAAUCCUCAGUUUUGUGGUAAUCCUCCACAUUUUCGGGAACGUGGAUUUUACAGUUUCGAACCGAACGAAUUGGUGUGUGAAUCUGAAACAACUACCGCUCCGGAAAAAUUGUCUACGAAGGAAAUAAAAGAAAAUAUCGAAUUAAAGACUAGUACUACUACUACUACUACCUCUACAAGUUCUCCCAAAGAAACUGUAGUUAGUUCAACAACGCCUGUAACGAGUAACUCUGUAGUAACUAGGAACAAUGAAUUAACUACCAAAUCAAAUGUUACACAACCCGCUACUUUCAGUACCAUACGAACAACUCGUAUUCCUCCCGUAAGACCCGCCGCCCCAAAUUGGCGUCAUGCACCGAAUCAAAAGCCUCCAAUCAUUAUGAAUUUUCCUCAACAAAAACCUAAAAUAGACGAUUCAAAUGAAGUUAUAGUGAAAAAUGCUUACAGACAAGAUAAUGCAGUUAUUAUUCAAUGGGAUUCUGAUGUAGCGAACAUUCUUGGCUUUCGUGUUGUUUAUCGACUCUUUGGAGACAAAAGUUUCAAACAAGGUCCACCUUUGGAGGCCAGUGAAAGGGAAUUCAAAAUCAAAAACGUUCCAUCUCAGGAAUGUAUCGUAGUCUGCGUGAUCUCCUUGGAGGAGGUUCACGUAAGCCCCGAAACCGUACCAUACUCACAAUGUCGUGAAGUGCGAACCGUGUCUGCCGCCGCUUCUAACAUGGACAAAAUUACAAUAGCGGCUAGUGCUGCCAUUUGCGGCACGAUAGUCGUUGCCGUACUUGUUUUCGCAGCUGCAUCACGACGGAGAUCUCGUACUGUGCAUAGAUUACACACACAAGCACCUGAGAAGCUUCCCAAUGCAUGUUGCGGUGGACUCACUGGCACACCGAGCCCCAAUGGACCACUGUCAUCGUUAGCAACACUCGGCGCUUUUGGAAAGCAGCGUGAGUGGGAUCAAGUGUCCGCUUACAGCGCACGAUCAAUACCGCGAGCACGUACUUAUACCGAACCAACUCAUCCCGACCCACUACCAGGCCGGCCAGGCCGAACACGCUCCCUUGCCGAUGGCCAAUCACAGCACAGCUAUUCGCAAUCUGGCCGCUACGGUAUACCCGGUUAUCCUGGCAGCUUAUUAGGAUCGAGAACAGAUCUUCGACAGUCUCGUCAGUCUCUUGGAGCUGCAUCAGAACGAGCCUCUCGACUAUCGCUUAGCGGUGCAGCUGGUGGUGCAACCGGUGGAACAUCGGGGUCUCGACGACGGCCACGGUCGCGAUCACGCCCUGCCAGUCGGUAUAGUGUAGGCUCUAUAGGAAUGGGCUAUUGCGACACUUCUGAUAACUGGACGGACCACGAUAUGGAUAUUUACAUGGCGCGAAACCCCACGACACGAGGCGGCCUGGUGCCAUUAUAG